UAAUAUUUUUGAAAACGACAUGAGGUCUGUGGCUAUAAUUCUCCUUAUAGCCUUAAGCUGUCUGGCUUUGGCUGAAGGAACAUCGGUUCGAUGCGAAAGGCCUUGCACGAGAGAAUUCGAUCCUAUUUGCGGCUACUGGAAGCAAAGGGACGGCACUAGUGUUUGCACAUUUUCGAAUAAGUGCGCCUUCGAAAAUCAAAAAUGCAGGGGACAAGAAUGGAUUGUCGCUCACUGGGGCUCAUGCAAAGACGCCACCCGAGACUGCGAUGCUCUUCUAAGGCGGAUGCCGUAAUUUUCUUAUUCAAUAUUUACGCAAAUAUACCAA